AUGGCAAAUACAAAAAAGUCAGAAAAAGAACCUUCACCAGAAGAAAUCCUGAAUGGCUUCCAAACCCUAAGAGCAGAACAAAGAACCUUAUCUGGUAAACUAUCUGAAUUUGAAUUAGAUUUGAAUGAACACAAAAUGGUGAUUGAAACUCUAAAGAACGUUAAUGAAGACAGAAAAUGCUUUAGAUUAAUAGGAGGUAUUUUGACAGAGCGAAAAGUUAAAGACAUUCUGCCUGUUCUUGUGUCUAAUCAAGAGAAAUUGAAAGAUUUUAUUGACAAACUUCAUGAACAGAUUGGUAAAAAAGGACAAGAGAUCAAUGAGUAUAGAGAAAAACACAAUAUCAAAUUUAGAGGACUAGAUAAUCCAAAACAAGAAGAACAUCCCUCUUCUUCAGAAGCUAGAGGAAAUGUGCUAGUUUCCUAA